CUUAGCGUUUAAGGCGCGUACAGCGAUGGACAACCUACUAAAGUACAAAUAAUCGCGCACAGAACUGUCAAAUAACAUAACGAAACGACACAUAUAUUAUCUAAUAUAAUAUCAUAAUGCGUCGCGAAUGGCGCAAUCGGUAGCAAGUUGCGUCAACAACAAAAUCCGUUAGCGUCUGCGAGAGGCGUUUUUGUGAUCGUCAAGGAAGUUAAACGACUGAAAGCUCCUGGCCAUAGUGGGAUUCGCAAGAGGAGGAGAGAAGGAUCCGGAGCAGCGGAGGGGGAGUGUCUCCGACCGCGUGAAACACACACACACACACACACGCGCACACAUACCGGGGCACCACGCGACUUCAGUUCAAACAAACCAGCGCGAGCCUCUGCAAACGGGAGCUCUUUUUUCCCCGGUUAUUAGUCCGGCGUCUUCACCUGCACGUCUUUAAAACCUAUCAGCGUCAGACUCUUGAGUUUGCACAGGUGCAUUGUGGCCGCUGGUGUGCUGUGAUUGAGGGGAGGCAUGCAGGCUCACUGUCCCAGCAGCGGAGCUGUACGGUGGGCCAACCGCUGAAUACGGUCCGGGACCCGUCCCGACAACUUGCACAAGACAGUCUCACCCCAUUGGAAGCCCUUUAAGCGAGCACCGGCGAGCAAGUGCGCCUGUGUGAGAGAGAAAGCGUUAGUGUGUGUGUGUGUGUGUGUUGCCAUGGCUUUCACACUUUCCGAAAUCAUGGCAGCCCGACGACAGCAGCAACAGUCUCAGAGGAGCGGAAGAGGGGUGGUGGAAGUGGACGAAUACAGCGCCAACCCGACUCAAGCCUUCACCUUCUACAACAUCAACCAGGGGCGCUUCCAGCCGCCUCACGUCCAUAUGGUAGAUCCGUUACCCCAUGACACCCCCAAGCCCCCGGGCUACACGCGGUUUGUCUGUAUCUCUGACACGCACUCGCGCACUGACACUAUUCAGAUGCCUUACGGUGACGUCUUACUGCACACUGGAGACUUCACAGAGCUCGGCCUGCCCAGCGAAGUCAAGAAGUUUAACGACUGGCUCGGCACUCUGCCUUAUGAAAUAAAAAUCGUUAUAGCCGGGAACCACGAGCUAACAUUCGAUCAGGAGUUUAUGGCGGACCUGAUAAAGCAGGAUUUCUACUACUUUCCCUCGGCCUCCAAACUCAAGCCGGAGAACUACGAGAACGUUCAGUCCCUGCUCACCAACUGCAUCUACCUGCAGGACUCUGAUGUUACCGUCAGGGGCUUCCGCAUCUACGGCUCUCCGUGGCAGCCAUGGUACUACGGCUGGGGUUUUAAUCUGCCACGAGGGCAAGCACUGCUGGACAAGUGGAAUCAGAUCCCAGAUUCAACGGAUAUUCUUCUCACACACUGCCCUCCUCUGGGUUUUUUGGACUGGGUGCCCAGGAAGAUGCAGCGUGUUGGCUGCAUGGAGCUGUUGAACACUGUUCAGAGGAGAGUUCAGCCCAAACUACAUGUAUUUGGACACAUUCAUGAAGGUUACGGUAUGAUGACCGAUGGAACCACCACGUUCGUUAAUGCAUCGGCGUGCACGGUGAACUUCCAGCCUAUGAACCCGCCCAUCGUUUUCGACUUGCCCAAUCCCAGGAGCUCAUGAUUGAACUAGGACCCGCCCACUGCCCCCUUCUUUCAAUCAGGGUCCCUUUUUGAGCGUGUGCGGAUGCUGUAGUGUAUAUAGAGCGGAUGAGAGAUGCUAAUUUGGAUACUUUCAAGGAUAUUUUACAUCCAUUUUUGUGACGUGUGACACUGAACGGUUGCAUUCUGCCUCACAGACACGGAUGUUUGAACUGCUUUCUGAAUUUGACUCUUGCGUUGCACUUGAAUCGGCGUGACAAUCGCGUGUACUUAAAGUCAUGGAAGCCAAUCAGUGCUGGAGAUGAUGGAAAGCCAAGCUUUCUUCUCAUUGGCUGGCACUUAUUUAAGGAACUUUGUAACCUUGUAGCCUCAAUGGACUUGGAAAAAAAACAUUUUUCUUUUGCUCUGGAUCCACUCUUGAAAGUUACAGGAUGUGCCCAGAGGAAACACUGCGCUAUGGUGCAAACAAGUUUGUUCAGGGUCUUUACCAUUUCUAUCUUUUUCUCUCUCUCUCUCUCUCUCUCUCUCUCUCUCUCUCUCUCUCUCUCUCUCUCUCUCUCUCUUUCUCUGAGUCUCAGUCUCUCAUUCUUCUUUUUCCUAUCUGCUCUGUUGUUAUAUGUUGCUCUUUUGAACUUGGGGUCAUAUUGGGUUUCACUGGGAGAUGAAAUGACCCUAAACAGGAAUGUAACAUUUAAAAUAUUGAUGGUGAAAAAAAAAAAAAAAAAUUUCCCAGUGUUCUCCACAUUUUCAUGCUUUCUUUAUUGUUCGAUUUACUGUAAACGUGUAAAACUGUGAGUGUGUUUUCAAGCAAACGGUCCUUAACUAAAGCAGUGUGGACUUUUACAGUAGUUUGAAGUGUUUGUUUAAGGUCAAAUAUUUAAAAGUUCUUCUAAAGCGCCGCCGUUAACGUCCCUCCUCCGAAUAUCAAAGACUUGCCAUGCACGCAAUGUGCGCUUUUGCAUAACAAGAAUAUGUUGCACUUUGAUCCACAUGCUCCCCACUAUAAUUUAUUAACAUUCCUCCUGGCGAUAAUUUAUUCCCAUGUGUUUUACAGCUCUUCGGCAUUAACUGUGUGUGGCAUUAGGCCUAAUAUGACGGUUCUGUUAGAUGUGCAGAGGGUUUUCAUCUCCUCCAUAUAAAUGGAUGAAUAAAAAUGAACAAAUCGAACGAA